AUGUUAUCGCGUUUUGAUUUUAAUCUUCUUUCUGCAAUUCUUAAUGAAUGGGAGACUAGUAUAACUAUUUCUGAAUGUUUUUCUAGUUGGCAAAAGUGUGUUUCUAAGAGUGUGAAUUGUAAUACAUUUUCUUGUUCUAAUUCAUUACAUAUUCUAUCUUUCAACGUUCGUGGUUUAACAUUAAGAUGGCAAGAAGUUAUUUUACUUCUAUCUUCUUUGAAAUUGGAUGUUCUUAUUCUUUUAGAAACCGGUCCUCUUGAUUCGUCUUUUUUUGAGAAAAUUUGCAAUGACUUUCAAAUCUUUGCUCAACGUGGUGAAAAUAAGAACGGAGGCGUUCUUAUAUUAGUUAAGAAUUUUGUAAAAGUUUCACGAAUUAAAUGUAACAUACCUAAUGUUUGUGUUUUGGAUAUAUUUGGAGUAGAAACUGUUCGUUUAAUAGGUGUAUAUGCACCGACAAGUAAAUCUUGGAAUUGGCCAGAUUUGUCUCCAUAUGUAGCCAAAAAAUGUGUAUUUUUUGGUGAUUUUAAUGUAGAUCUAUGUCAAGAUAUUCAAAAAGCAGAAUCUCUUUUAUCUUGGGCUGAUGAACAUUUUCUUGCUCCUUUUACUACUGGUAUGCCAACUUCUCUACGUUCUGAACGAGAAGUCGACUAUGCUUUUGCAAGUAAUAUUAAUAUUACUAUUCAAGCUUAUAGUGGUAAGACUACAAGUGAUCAUGUGCCGAUCUUAUCGGUUAUUCCAUUAAAAAUAGAACAAAAUAAUGUAGGAAAAAAUGUUCAUUGGAAGGUUUUUUCUCUUUUUACUGAAUAUACUUUCUCUUUUUGGGAAGGAUUAUGGAACUUUAAUAAUCUUGAUAUUUUAUAUAAUGAUUACACAAAGUUUUUAUUUCUUCUUUCUGCUCGUUGUACGAUUGUUUUUCCUAUUGAAAAAUAUCGUCCAGCUAUUCCAGUUGAAAUCCGUUCUUUUCUUUCAUUUAUCAGAGCGCUUUCCUUUCGACAAAUGCGAACAAAAUGUAGUGAACUAAGAAAUGAGGUUAAUUGUUUGAGAAAAAUAGCUAAGCAAGAAUUAAAAAAUUUCUUUUCUUCUAAUCUUUCGUCUGUUCUUCAUUUUCGAAAUUCUUCUUCACCUGCAGGUAAUUUCUUUUGGUCUAGAACAAAGAAACAUCUUAAACCUUCUUCUUCUUCUGUUCAUGCUCUUAUUGAUUCUUCAGGUAAAGCUAAUAAAGAUCCGGUAUCGAUGUGUACAGUUGCAGCUGACUACUAUGAAAAUUUUUUUCGUAAAUCUGAGAUCAUUAGACCUCAUCCUUAUACUGAUUCUCCUUUUUUACAUCAUGAAAAUGUAGAUGAAUUAAUUCCGGAGGUUACUUUGGAAGAGUUGAUUUACACUGUACAGGUUAAACGAAAAAAGAAAUCAGUUGAUGCACAUGGUAUAUGUAAUUAUAUGUUUAAUUUUCUUGAUUUAACUCAUUGGUCGUUGUUUCUUAAACUCUUCAAUCAUUCUUUCCUAGAUACAGUUCUUCCAGAUGCUUGGAAAGAAACUAGAAUGAUUUUGAUUGCUAAAAAAGAAUCUAUAUGUUCUCCUGCUUUAACACGUCCGAUUUCACUAAUUGAUUCUUUUCUUAAGAUUGGUGAGAGAUUAUUUCUCAAUAGAUUUCGUGAUGUUCUGUUACGUAAAGGUUUACUUCCAGAUAAUCAAUCUGGUUUUCGUGAUGGUUUUCGUCUUCAAACUAGAUUAUUAUUAUUUCUGGAGGAUGUUUACAGUUUAAUGUCUAAUAGUGCACCUGUUUGUACUAUCUUUAUAGAUUUUGGUUCCGCGUUUGAUCAGUUGUGGCAUAGUGGUUGUAUCGGAAAACUUUUUAGGCUCGGUAUACCUCGUUCUUAUAUAUUAUGGAUUGACGCUUGGCUUCGACGUCGACGAUGUUAUAUUGAAAUUAAGGGUCAUAAAUCUCGUUAUUUUAAUAUU